AUGAUGCAGGCGAUCAAAUCAGCGUGGCGCGCAGCUCUACCGGUGCGUGGCCGUGCACUGCAUACAAGCCAUCUAAAGAUGAGUGCCUGGAGCGUACCACCCGUACAGGCCAGCGCGCAUCAAGCGAUGCCUCCAGUGUUUCGCUCAGACAUUCAGCAAAUGAAAAGGGAAGGGACUCCAUUGGUCUGUAUCACAGCAUACGAUCAGCCGACGGCGCUGGCUGUGCGUGGUGCUGGUGCUGAUAUGUGUCUUGUCGGCGAUUCAUUGGCCAAUGUGGCUCUCGGAUACCAAGCAACGCGAUCCCUAUCUCUGGAUGCCAUGAUCCAUCACGCCAAGACUGUGCGUGCUUCUAUACAUGCUCCUGAGUUACAGUAUGAUGCGCGUUGCCCACGUGCACCUCUCGUUAUCGUUGAUAUGCCAUUUGGCUCGUAUGGCGUAUCACUCGAGGAGUCCGUGCGCCACGUCAUGCAUGUCGUGAAAGAGACUCAGGCGUCGGCUAUAAAAAUGGAAGGAUCGAUGGAGCUGGUUCCGUUGAUAGAACGCUUGACUACGUUGGGCAUUGAUGUCAUGGGCCACAUCGGAUUACAACCACAGCGAUUCGGUGACGCCAGCGGAUUCCGUGUACAGGGCGCAACAGCACACAGUGCCCUCAACAUUUUGCGCACAGCCCAGGCAUUAGAGGCGGCAGGAUGCUUUUCCAUUGUACUCGAGUGCAUCCCAUCCAAGUUGGGUGAAGCUAUUAGCCAACGACUCGACAUUCCCACCAUUGGUAUCGGCGCUGGUCCUCACACACAUGGUCAGGUGCUUGUAUGUACCGACAUUAUGGGUGAUCUCACCAGCCCUUCGCACGUAUCGGCUGUCUUGGCAGGUUUAGAGAAGGGAGCCUCUGCACCAGCGCACAUGCCAGAGACACCUUGGCCUCCAAUGCCCAAGUUUGUGCGGACAUUCGCUGCAUCACACGUCGGUUCACAGCGUAUAGUGGCAUUGCGGCGCUUUGUUGAAGCCGUGCGUUCACGGACGUUUCCUGAUAAUACGUCGGAGGCUUAUCGAAUCAAGACGCACGAAUGGGAGACGUUUUUGCAGCUCGUAGACAGCUCAUGA